GUUUGUUCGCUUUUGGUCACUCUGUGACUCAUGACGCUUGUUUAAAAACAAAUUGUUUAACGUAAAUCCAAUUAACUAUACAAUUUGAUUUAGAAAGAGAUGUGUAUCCAACAUUUUAUUAAUGUGUAGGUACCUAAUUUAAAACAUGUGGAAGUACCUAUUGAAAAAUUGCACAUAAUAUGUCAUCUAGAAAGAUUUGCCAAUUUUACGACGAAAACCAAUUAAGAAAACUGAUGAGUACGUAUGCAUAUCGUCGUCAUAGUCAUACGUGUUUACCACAAAAGUACAGAGCACUUGUUGCGUAUCCGAACGACGAAGGUCCUGUUGAAACAAGACAAGAUGUUAAGAAAAGAAGAAAACCUUAAGAAUCCUGGAUUUUAUGUGGCUAACGACAAAUACCACAUGUAUCCUGAAACAGAGCUUGUAUUGAAAAAGAAAUUAUCAAGUACCAACCGAUCUUCUUCUUCAAAUCCUAAUAAUGAUCAAACUUUGCCAAGGAUGUUGAUCAAGCGACAUUGCAAUCGAGCAAUAGAGAAUAUUAAUCCUAAACGAACAAAAGUAGAUAAAACUCGAGAGUCAACUGAAGUCACUGUCAAAAGAAGACAUUCUACAACCACGGUAUCUGGAUCUUCAAGAAGAAACCAAUCCAUGAUUGAGAAGGACAAUCCAUUAAUUUAUUCUGUUGGUACAGAUGAUGCUGGUGUCAGGUCUGUUGGUGAAAAAAUCACUGAGAAAAUCACUGUAUUUCAAAGUACUAGUGAAGAUGAAAUAUUCAACACUCAUCAAUCUUCCUCAUCAAUACAUCUAACUAAAGAACGGGCAUUACCAAUUCCUCAUAACUAUAUUAAUGACAUUAUGGCAAAAGUAGACGCAUGCAAUGAACUUAUAACAACUCAUGAUCAAGUACUUCAGUCUAAUCGUCGUUUAGUCAAUGAAAUAUCUACCAGUCCCACUUUUCUACCCACUCCAGAGUAUCAUAAUGCUGGUAUAUCUCUGCAGCAAUGGCAGAACCCCCACCAUUUAGAAAUAUUUACCAAAGUUGAUAACAAAUCUAAUGUCAGCCAACAAACAAGCCCUAACGAUACCAUAGCUGCACCAGCCACAACACUAAAGCCUUCCGCAACAUCCUACAAACAUCCUCAGUUAGACCAACAUACUCAAUUACCAAACAUAAGUUAUUAUAAAGUAAAUGGGAAAUCAUAUCAGAAUUUAAUACCUAGAGAUUCAACGACAUGUGGUAAGGUGACUCAUCAGAGACUAAGUCAGAAUAUAAAAAAUAAUACUCCAUAUACUCAUCACUUACUGAACUGUAAAAGAGCCGGCUCCCAGUUAUGUGACAAUAUGAAAUCUUCAUCUUCGUCAUUAGUGGAAAGAAAGGCUCAUCUGUCAAAGCAAUACCGACAAGAAAUCACACAAGCUCCUGCAAUAAAUGGUGGAUAUUUUAUUAAAGAAAGCAGAAGUAAUUACAAAUUGAACGGUGUUGACAAAACAUGUGCAGCACAUAAUCUUCCAAAUGUACCUUAUGAGGCUCCUUGCUCAACCCAGCAACCGAUAGAGCGACAGCAUUUACCAAGUAAAGAAAAUCAUUUUCAUCAAAUUCCACAGGUACGAAAUAUGCCUAGAAAGAUUCAUGCCACUAAAAAUAUUGAUCAGAGUCUUAAGUUUUGUAAUAACUUGAAUCAAACCCAUAAACAAAAUGAAUUAAAUUUAGAAAGAUCGUUUAAUUAUUUCCUCUCGCAGAAUGAAAAUCAACAGAAUGAUCAAGACUAUUUGAAACAACAACGACUGGGGGAGGAACAAUCCAGUGUAUCUACAGAGUGUAACCAUAAUGAUCACCCUAUACCUGAACAAAGUUUAUUUCACUGUAUGGACAUACCAAAUCGUGUACCUAAAGAAUCCGAGAAAUUACAAAAAAAUAUACAAUCUCCAUGGAAUCAUCAAUUCCGAGAUACACGUCCACAGAAUAUACAUUCUGACGUCUUUAAAAUUAAAAACCAUAGUCAAAAUACUAAGAAAAUCUUAGCCUUUUUACGAGUUUUAAAAGAAACACAAACACUGCCUGAUUUACGAAAAGCUCAGAAUUUAUUGAAACAAUACUUUUCAACUGCUCAGGGAAAUAAUUAUUUGCAAAAUCCACGUGCACCAGGAAGGCUAAAUGAAAGAACUACUAAACAGAAUGAAAUGAGUCAGGCUACUGCAGCAGCAGCUCAAAAUAUUGCAGCAGAACCAGUACAUAUUCUGCAAAAUUUCAACAACGUUCAAUCUUCGUCAUUAUCUGAUAGAUCACAUGUCAAUCAAAAUCCGCUCUUUCCUAAAAUGGUAGUUGAACAGUCAACCAAAAACAGCAUGAAACACAUUCACUUCAAAGGUGGCAUACUUGAGCCGUCUGCUAUUGUAAAUCAUCCAACAGACAAAUGCUUUUCAGAUGAGCGUCAGUUAAAUAUGAACUGCAAAUCUUUACAACAAAAAGAAUUUUCACAGAGUCAACAACAAUCCCGAGAUUUGUCUAAUGAAAGUAAUAAAACUAAUAGCGAUAGUCCAAUGCUUGGAAUUGAAGAAGUCCUGAAGAAAACUCUACCACCGCCUGUUCUAGAAAAAGCUUCCAAAUUAAUAAAAAGAUCCUUAUCAACUCAUCCCAGGAAGCAUGAUUCAAGAAUAGAAAUUUGGAAUGAAGAGUUGUGGGCUUCUCUGUCUCCAGAUGUUAAGAAAAAUCUCCUACUACGUCUCUUGAAGAGUUGAGAAGUUCAGCCUGCGAUCUCAUCUGGCCGAUCAAAUGAAACUCUUAAAAAAAUCAAGUGUCUAAAAAUCCGUAUCAUAUAUGUAUACAGAUAGUAUGUGUCAAACAGACAAAUACUUACCAGAACAGCCACUGUCUAAUCUCAAAAUGUCUUCUUGUGUAAAAACUUGCUGAUGUAAAUGCGGGAAUACCAUCUGUAAGUAAUUUCUCAGCUAAUCAGACUACUAAACAAUCUACGUCCUUGGAGAAGUAAGCACAGUCUAGAAGCAUAGUCUUAGUAGCAGUGCAAAAUAUGCUAAAUGAUAUCCAUCGUCUAGUUACUGUGUAGUAAUGAACUGAUUUGUCUCAAACUUUUGCAAUUUACAAAGCAGUGCAAAGCUCUAUGAGUCAAUCUGCUAUACAUACAUGCUUUAUACACACAAAAGCUAAAAUUAGCUCAGGAAUCCCGUGUCCUAUUUCCAGCAACUGGUUGUUUAUUUUCGUUAUUUAUAUAUUUUCUGUAACGUGCUAUACCCAAAAUGGUCGGUUUUCUUUACGUUCGCCCCCUUGAUUUUCAUCAUCUACUUCAAGAUAGUUACACGCAUACCUUCACGUCAGUAUGCGUCUCGUAACUCUAUGGCUGUGACUUUAGGCGACUAAUGACGCUUCUUUAUAUUUGUUAGCUUUGUUUUUUUUUAUGUAUAAUAAAUAUAGAAUAAAGCAUUUCAAUUUACUGUUA